GUGAUCCCCAGUGCAACUCACCUGAAGAAAAUUGAAUGUCUGUUCUCCAUACAGUCUGUUGGCAUUAGCCAGUUCAUAAGAAGUGGUGGGUUUGUUGAUUGCUGAGAAGAUGUCAUGAAACUGGGAAUGAAUCUCUCCAGUCUGGAGAUCUGUGGAGCAAAAGCUCUAUUAUAAGGGCUAAGUAAUCCGUGGCUCUUUUGGGAUGUUCCACUUGUUACUUAUGGAGCACUAUACAUGCGAAUUUGUGGAACAGUGAAAAAUGUUCAGGAAGGAGAACCAAGAAGAAAGGUGUGUGCUGCAUCCCAGAAGCAUGGACUUCCAAAGUGCUUGCAGGCAGGUGCUUCAUUUUAAGAAAAGUACAGGAACCGGAGGAGGCUGUUUGAAGGUGACAAGAACUUCUCGUGGGAGGCCAAAGAAAAGGAAGAUGCUAGAGAGGGAAUUGACCUAUGAGAAAUUAUCCAAGUGGACCAGCCCAGAAAUAAUGAAAAUGUCUGAAGUGGAAUUGUUUCUGCUCAGGAUCAAGCUGGAAGAGAGCUAUAACCUCAAGUCCACUUGGAGCAGUAUGGGGAUGUGAGAUGUCUUCAGUCAGAGCCAAGCUGACUUCACAGUGAUGUCUGAGAAUAAUGAUCUGUUUUUGUCACAAGUUUUUCACGAGUCCUUUAUUGAGGUCAAUGAAGAGGGCACUGAGGCUACAGCUACCAGUGCAGUGCAGUAAUGUAGUAGUGAGAGCAUCUGUUAAUUCUAUAAGGUUUAAGGCAGAUCACCCUUUCCUCGUCUUCAUCAGGCACAACAAAACCAACAGCAUCCUCUUCUUAGGCAGAUUCUGCUCCUCCUAGAAUGUAUUACUCUCUGCUACCAAAUAACAUCAUUUGUUCACCAUGCAACUGGCAAAUACAAAUUGAAGC